UGAUCCUCGAGGCUACAUUCCAGGUAAAGAGAAAUAAAUAGGAUGAUUGAACCAAAGACUUAUAUCUCUUAGUCUAUGAAUAUGUUAUCAACAAUACGCCCAUUAUGUGGGAUAGAGAAACUGGUAUGCAUAUUGAUCUGUGUAUGUGCAAUAAAAUAACACUCGUUUAAAAGGAUACGUGCAUUUCACUGGUAUCUGGAAGGCACUUGGUAAUUCAAAAUCUGACAUUGUCAAAAUGGUCGAUUCAAAUCCUGAAUUGGGUACAAAAAAGAUCAGAGGAGGAUUCCUUCGAAUCCAAGGCACAUGGAUUCCUUAUGACUAUGCCCACUUACUCUGUAAACGCACUGCCUGGCAUAUCCGAAAAGAAUUGGUGCCUAUGUUUGGCCCCAAGUUCCCAUUAGAAGCACUUUCACCCGAUCAUCAAGACUAUGGUUGUCUCUUAUUGCACCCCAAAUCCAAAGUUCAGAAAAAGAGUAACACAACCAUGCGUCAAAAGCCUUAUGCCAAAGGCCGCAAAACCAUGCGAUCCAGCUCUCAAGAUUUCCACCAGUAUGUCGGUCAAUCGUUUGCUCAACAAGGAUGAAAGCUCGGAUGAGUUUGAUGAUAUGAUGACACUUUCGGAUGCUUCCUCAUUAUCUUCUCUUGAUUCACCCACGCCUUCUCCGACAUUCCGAGUGAUCCAGACAUAUCCACCAGACAACAACAGCUGGUCAAACGAAGGUCCCUUAUUACCACCAAUUCAGCAAGCACCUCCUUCUCAUGAAUACACACUUCCUUCGAUUCAAAAACCAUCUGCUCAUGUUGCUCAGGAUAUCAUUGAUACCAUUAGUGCUACUAUUUUAUUACAAAGGCUCUCACAAGAUGAUGGAGCAAGACCUUUUCGACCUUUUGAAUCCUCUGUGAUCCCAUCCAAAGUGAUUGUAGGUCAUCAGGAAUUUACCAUUUGUUGGGAUUAGACUUUAUUUAUUUAUUUCACAAAAUCCAUACCAUACGUGUUUCGCGCGCGCAACGUUAUUUCUUUUUUAAAUUAUUCUCUUUAGCAUCAAUUUUUUUUUCUUUGUAAUACCAUCCUAUGCCCCCCUCUUUUUUUAACUUUCAAAAUAAACAAAUAGUUUUUUACAUGUAUAAA